AUGAACGAAUUUUGCAUACCAGAGAAUCCACCUGUGCAUAACUUAAUAUUUAGUUCUGAGGAUUCAGCACUAAAUUCCAGUCAUUCAGAACAAUCGUUGCAAACGGCACUUAAAGUCACUGAAAUUAAUGGUAACAGUAAUGAAUCACAGCUGCUCAAUAAACUAACGCCUCGACUUUCACUAUCCCAUAACUCAGUGAAGACUGCUCGGUACAGGACGAUCAAUUUUGCGCUAGAUCGCUUCCAUGAAGACGUUGCAUACGUUCAGCUAAAGCUUGUCAACAACAGCAAACGGCAAGUUGUUUGGAAGUUGAAGACAAAUAACAAGUGCAUUACGGCUUUACCCAGCGGAAAGGGGUUAGUGCCGGCAUUUAGAAGUGGUAAAUGUAUCCUUUCCUGGCAAAUUCCUAAAGAUUGUCAAAGUUGGAUUAAAGUUGAAUCCGCUAAGUUGCUCAUAUCCAUUCGAAUCUAUACAGCAAUGGGGAAACUGCUUGGUGAAGACAACGCAAAAUAUAUUGGUAAAACAGACAAUCUCCCAACUCAUCAGAUUGUGCUUGUAUCAGAAAAAGUAUGUCGGGGCAAAGCAAAGUCCGCGGUGCGAACAUUUGUAUCGACAGAGAGGUUAACAAUUUAA